GAAUCCUUCUGCAACGUUUCGUCUUUUUCAGGAAAAUCUACGCCACCGCGUUGUCUCUCCUUACGACAUGUUGACUCAGGUCCCCGGCGGCGUCGUCCGACGCACCACGCUUGGCCGGUUCCGAAGAACCUAACGCCAGCUGGCUCAUGACCGCAAAAUCUUUCCCCAUUACAUCGAAAAUGACGGAAAAGGAUAGAGAUUCUGCACAAUGUAUAAGUGUACCCAAACCUGCACACUCACACUUGCACGCCAGUAAAGUAAUAAAAAACCAACCUGCGUGCUCCACCGAAUAUCGGAGUUGGGGAAGUGGAGUACAGCAAGCAGCGCCAACAUACGACAUGAACAUUUUAGUCACAUAUUGCUCGCAAAACUCCGAUCCAGCGCGCAUAAUUUUUCUGCCACAAUUUUCUUCAAUUUCACUCUCAACUUAAAGUUAAAGCUGCGAAUGACCAGACCGCUCAACGGCAGCAAGCCAGGGCCAAUUUCACGAACAGUCUCGUACAGGAGCAUCGCUGCUCCCAGGUCUACACACGUCAAUGACGAAUGCCGUGACAGCUUCUCCACACUAAGCUCCAGUUCAUCGGCUGAGCCUGACUACCCCGGAGAAGCAUGGAUGGAGAAAGAAAAUAUAGAUACGCAAUCUUUCCGUGCUGAUGUAGAGAGCCUUAGAACCAAAGAGGCGAGCGAGUCUCAGAGCCGUCCUACGCAGCUAUCUCUGAGCCUCGCUCCAACCUCGCAAUGGCAGGUCGCACCGGCUCCUAGUAUUCCCAGCGCUGAUGGCGACGCAACCUAUCCCGAGGGUGGCCUCAGGGCAUGGCUUGUGGUCCUCGGAUCUUUCUCUGGUAUGAUGGCCGCCUUUGGUUUCAUGAACACCAUGGGUGCAUUCCAAACAUACGUCAGCCAGAACCAAUUGAAGGACUAUAACGAGUCCACCAUUGGUUGGAUCUUCAGUUUCUUCGUCUUUCUCUCCUUCUUUUGUGGACUUCAGAUCGGACCGGUAUUUGAUGCCAAGGGCCCAUUCUGGCUCAUUAUGUCCGGAAGCGUACUCCUCACGGCUGCGACCCUUUUGCUCGGGUUAUGUCACGCCUACUGGCAAUUCAUGCUCGUAAUUGGUUUGAUGGCUGGCUUCGGUGUCUCUUUAAUCUUCACACCCUCUGUAUCUGCUGUUGGUCACUUUUUCCUGGCAAAGCGCGGCGCGGCAACUGGCAUUGCAGCCAUGGGUGGCUCUGUUGGCGGUGUCGUCUUUCCGCUGACGCUGCAAACUUUGAUUCCAAGAAUCGGAUUUGCCUGGGCCACACGAGUAAUGGGUCUAAUCAUAGGGAUCUUAUGUCUCACUUCAGUCGUCCUUGUCCGUUCAAGGCUUCCGCCCAAGCCUGGUAGCUCAAUCCUACCAGACAUCAAGAUUUUCAAGGAUCCUGCCUUCGCAUUCGUCACAACUGGCGUCUUCUUUAUGGAAUUUGCCCUGUUCAUUCCUGUAAGCUAUAUAUCAAGCUUCGUCGUUGAAACGCAAGUUGAAAACGCGCAACGGUUCGGAUACCAGCUGUUGGCGAUCCUGAACGCAGGCAGUACACUUGGUCGCUGGCUACCGGGUGUAUUUUCAGAUAGAAUAGGUCGCUACAACUCCAUGAUCCUGAUGCUGGGCUUUUGUUGUUUGACUACAUUGGCGUUCUGGCUUCCAGCCUCGUGGCUACCGGUCGAGAACGGGGUUGCGCAUCCAGCCGUUAAGCCUUUGAUCAUUGUUUAUGCUGUGAUUUUUGGCUUUGCUUCAGGCUCGAACAUUUCGCUGACACCAGUCUGCGUCGGCCAGCUAUGCGAUACCGAGGAGUACGGUCGCUACUAUGCAACUUGUUAUACUGUUGUAUCGUUUGGCACGCUAACAGGCAUCCCUAUUGCCGGCGCAUUGAUUCAGGCGUGUGGUGGCAAGUACUAUGGUGUAGCUCUUUUCACAGGAGCUAGCUAUAUUGUGAGUUUCAUUUGCAUGUUUACAGCUAGGGUUCUCAAGGCUGGCUGGAAGUUGAAGGUCAUGUACUGAAGUUGGAAAAGAGAGCAUGGGGGAAUUUUCCAAUCAGUACUAUUUUAAGGACGUAUUACGCAGGUUUCAUGGAUUGUAAUAUAAACACCAUGCCUAUGGCGUUUCGUCAAAAAGCAACGAAAGCAUAACGAUAUCUGGGUAGCAUAAGUAAGGAUGGUUAAUGAACAGACUAAUGAUUUCUUUCGAGUCGUAUCCGAUUACGACGUCUUUAA